AUGGAUCAUUAUUUAAGUAAUUCGAAGUCUACACCUACUAAUGUGGAAGAUGUAAAUGAUAAAUUUAUGGAAUUUUUAUUUGAACAUUUGUCUGUUACACUUUUUGCGGCAUUUUUUACGACUGUUAAAGUUGCUACAGAAGCAUUUUAUGACAUGAAUCCAAAGCUUAGAGAAACUUUGGAAGAUCUUGAGGAUGAUGUAUACAUAGAAAAUGAUUUAGAUGAUGAUUUUUUUUCAGCUCUUAACGCUGAAAAAUUACCUGAAGAACAAUAG